AUUCACGUUCAAAAUGGCGGGCAGUUUUCUCGAUGAAGAUUUUGGUAUUUCGGAUUUUAUUUUAUUAAAAGAUAUCAAUGUUCAGUCGUUCAUUGAUAAUUUACGGAUAAGGCAUGCUAAUAAAAAAGUCUACACCUACAUCGGUGAAGUGGUCGUUUCGGUUAACCCUUAUGAACAAGUGGCAAUGUAUGAUAAAAACUUUGUUAAUAUGUACAAAGGCCGCGAAAUCUAUGAGAGGCCACCACAUAUUUUUGCUAUUGCUGAUGCUGCUUAUAAGGCUAUGAAAAGACGGGGAAGGGAUACUUGUAUUGUUAUUUCCGGUGAAAGUGGGGCUGGUAAAACUGAGGCUUCUAAGAUUAUAAUGCGAUAUAUAAGUGAAGUAACAGGUGUUAGUGGUCAGGGUGAAGUUCGACGAGUUACUAACAUUUUGUUAAAUUCCAAUGCUGUACUCGAAGCUUUUGGCAAUGCUAAAACCAAUAGAAAUGACAAUUCCUCACGAUUUGGAAAGUAUAUGGAUAUAAACUUUGAUUUUAAAGCAGACCCAGUUGGGGGACAUAUCGAUAAUUUUCUAUUAGAAAAAUCUCGUGUGGUCAAGCAACAGAAGGGAGAGCGUAAUUUUCAUUCUUUUUAUCAGCUAUUGUUUGGAGCGGAUUCGGCUAUUUUAAGCGAAUUAGGCCUAUCAAAAGAGCCGCAGGUCUAUCAUUAUUUGAACCAAGGGGAUACUAAGGUGGCUUCAAUCGAUGAUAAAACAGAUUUUCAACAAGUUCAAGCCGCGCUUGGGGUUACUGGAUUCUCAAAAGAACAGAAAAAAACCAUUUGGCGAAUGGUUGCUGCGGUCCUUCAUUUGGGGAAUAUUGAUUACGAGGAAAAGGAUAAUGACGAAUGCGAAUUAAAGUCCACGUCUAAGGCAGGCGUAAGAAAAUUAGCUGAUCUAUUGAGUGUUGAUGAAGGCGAUGCAAUCAAAACCUUAACUUCAAGAACUGUUUCAGGUGGAGGAGAUAUUAUUGCUAAAGGACAUUCCAUUGAUCAUGCAGUUUAUGCAAGGGAUGCUUUUGCUAAAGCCUUGUAUGAACGCUUAUUUACUUUCAUAGUUAGUGGUGUGAAUAAGGCUAUGAAAGUACCUAAUGGCAGGGGAGAAUUACAUUCCAAAGCCACGGUCAUUGGAGUGCUGGAUAUCUAUGGUUUCGAAAUAUUUGACAACAAUAGCUUUGAGCAGUUUUGCAUUAAUUACUGCAAUGAGAAACUGCAACAGCUUUUCAUUCAACUAGUACUCCAACAGGAACAGGCUGAAUAUGAAUCAGAAGGUAUUGGGUGGGUCCACGUCGAUUAUUUUGACAACUCUGUUAUAUGCAGCUUAAUUGAUACUUCAAGAACUGGUAUUAUUGCCUUGCUGGACGAAUGUUGCCUUAUGGCAGGAAACGUUAAAGACAAGCACUUUUUAGAAAAUAUGAACAAACAUCUUUCCUCUCAUAAACAUUACACCUCAAGAGCUUUAUCGAAAGCCGAUAAGAGUUUGCAACCUGACGAAGAUUUCAAGAUUCAACACUACGCUGGCCAUGUAACUUAUAAAGCUGUUGGCUUUAUGGAUAAAAAUAAAGAUUUGCUCUUCCAAGAUUUUAAAAGGCUUUUAUAUAAUUCUAGAGAUCCUAUUGUUAAAAACAUGUGGCCUGAAGGGAAACAAAAGCUUGCUGAAGUAAAUAAAAGACCUCCUACAGCUGGUACGACGUUUAAGGAGUCCAUGUUCAAUUUGGUGAAUACACUAAAAUCAAAAGAACCCUAUUAUGUUCGUUGCAUUAAACCCAACGAAACGAAAAGUUCAAGUCAGUUUAACGAGGAACGAGUUCAACAUCAAGUUGAAUACUUAGGGCUAUUAGAAAAUGUUAGAGUUAGAAGAGCUGGUUUCGCAUUUCGCCAGAAAAUUGAUCUAUUUGUGAGCAGAUACAAGAUGCUAUGCAAAGAUACUUGGCCAGUCUGGAGAUCAGACCCAAGAGAUGGUGUUAUUAAAAUAUUAAAUAGUCAUAAUCUUGCAAGUGACGUUCAGCUAGGAAAGACCAAAGUGUUUAUUAAAACACCUCAGACUGUGUUUACUUUGGAGACUAAAAGACAAGAGAGUAUACCUGGUCUGGUCAUUUUACUCCAGACAGUUACUAGAGCAGCUCUUGCUCGUAAACGAUAUAAGAGAACGUUAGCCGCCACAAAAAUUGUUGGAACAUAUAGAAAAUAUAAAUUACGUUCUUACAUACUCAAAGUCUGCAAGAUGUUCCAAAUGGUGCGUUCAAUGAAACAUGAAAAUUAUAUGAGAAAUGCGGCAUGGCCGUCAGCUCCGCCUUCCUUAGCCAAAUGGUUGCAAAUUGCACAAAAUCUCCAUCAACAGUUUUGGGCCAAAAUGAAACUAAAAGAGAAACCAGAUUCCUUGUCUAUGGAAGAAUUAAAAAUGAAGUGCUUAACAUACGAUUUGUUAGACAGAAGAAGAAAAGAGUGGGGAUUAAAUAGACCUUGGCAUAAGAAUUACAUUGCUUUGGAAAAUGGUAAUAACAGAAGCCUUUUACAACGCCAUUCAAUACUUCGCAUGAAAGAUAAUUGUGGAGAUAUUCUUUUUGCUUGCUUUGCUUACAAAACUAACCAUAGAAAUCAGAGCAAUAGAAGAGUGCUCUUAAUAACGGAGCGUGUUAUUUACCGUCUGGAUUGUAACUCUUUUAAAGUUAUUAAAGCCGGACAACAGAUUUCUGGUGUUACCGGUAUGACUAUUACUCCGGGCGAAGAUCAAUUAGCCAUUAUUCAUACUGACACUCAAAACGACUACGUUGUUUGCUUGGAUACAAACGAAGAAAGAGUUGGUCAUUUAAUAGGUGUUCUUUCAACAGCAACUAUGAACAUCACUAAGAAGACGUUAAAUUUAAGAGUUGACCAACAACCAUCUUGUAUGGUAAAUGGAAAUCAAAAAUUUAUUAAAGUUGCUGUGGGUCAAACGGGAACAAUGGGUUUUAAGAAAGACGGAAAUGGCCUCAUUUUGAAUUUUCCUCUUCAAAAUCGACCCUUACCUAGUGUACCUUAA